AUGCCACCCCCAUCGCACAUAACGGAUAUCGCCCCACCCCAAGCCCUCACCCCAAUUGCGGCCUCUGGUUUCGCCCAGGGCGCGUUGCGCUUCGGCGUCAUUUCCUUCGCCAGUCACUUUCUGCUGAACCGGUACACACCUCUCUACCGCGGUCUUACGGUACAGUUCAAGGUCUUCAUCCAGAUAUCUGCCAUGACGCUAGGAGGAUGUAUCUUUGCAGAGAGGGCAGUUGGAGAGUUCAAUGAAGGAGUAAGGCGAAGGAGGCGGGCGUUGGCGAGGAGCGAGAGGGCCUGGGAGGAGGAGAGGGAACUGCGGGAGAUGGUCGAGCGGAGGCAUCAGGAGGCGGACAAGAUGCAGACUCCAGGACGAGGCGAUUGA